CAUCGCAUCGCACUCACUAUGUCAUCGGCCUAUGUGAUUUGUGCGUGCGGCGCAAAUUUUUUACUGUAACUUUCGAAAGCAUGUCGAUUUUUUCAUCCUUCGAAGUUCGUCCAGAAGCCGAAAUUAGGUCCCAUUUGAACCUUUUUUGUUUGGAUUUUCAUUUUCUCCAAAAAACCUAUCAACCAACUUGAACACCGCUGCGUUAAUCAAUUGCUCAGAAUUAAGCACGGAGAACGGCUUCUCUCUGUUUCAUUUGAAUUCAUGUGCGGAUGGAUAGCUAGAGCAAACAAUCUCACUCUCUCGAACAAUUCUGGUUCUGAUAACAACAUGCGCCUGUAAAACAUUUACAAGAAACGACCUGUUGGUCUGGCCGUUCGUCUGGCUAGCAAGCUGCUUGCUUAGCACGGUAUUCGUCGUUCUUCAGUUGGCCCAGAGCGGGUACGUGGAUGCAUUGGUAUUGAUUUGAUUAUCUCGGUUGAUUAGGUGGAAGGUACAUAUUUGAGUUGAACUAAAAUUUACGUCCAGUUGAUAGGGGAUCGAGGACUGCUCAAGUUAAGCUGUUUUUGCCAUACAUCAAGUACCGGUCUUGCCAUUCUUGAAACAAUCAUCUCUGUUCGUCAGUAAGUGAAGUGCAAUUCAAGAGACAAUGUCGCGAAACUUUUUCAAAUCUACGCGUAAAAUCAUUGGUGCUGGCGUUAAUUAUAAGGAAAUCCUUCGGAUUACGAAUGCUGCUAAACCAGACAAUCCUGUGAUAUUCUUCAAACCGAUUUCAUCGCUGAUCUCAACUGAUGACGAUACAAUCAAGGUUCCGCGGGUCUUCGGUCAUAUCAAUUUCGAAGCCGAGCUGGGAGUUGUUAUCGGGAAGCGGUGCAACAAUGUGAGCCAAGAUCAGGCCAUGCAGUACGUGGCGGGAUACUGUCUGGCGCUCGAUAUGACUGGAAUGGAUUUCAUAAUCGAUGCCCGGCCUAAAGGAUUGCCCUGGUGUCUUGGGAAGGGUUUCGAUACCUCCACACCGGUGAGUCGGCUCAUAAGUGCCGAAGAGUUGGGCGAUCCCGCAAAUGUGCGCGUUUGGUGCAAGGUCAACGAACAGAUGAAACAGGACGAUAGCACAAAAAAUCUAAUAUUCUCUAUCCCGGAGCUGAUUGCAUUUACCUCUAAGUUUAUGACUUUGGAAGAAAAUGAUCUGAUAUUAACGGGGACACCUGCAGGUGCUGGUCCGGUUAAGGAUGGUGAUGUUCUUGAAUGCGGACUGGGUGAUUUCAUACAGAUGAAAUUCAAUGUUAAAAACGAAUGAUAGUCGAAGCUGCGCCGCAGAUCUUUCCGCUAAUUGGUGAUAUUCUAUCAAAUGGUCGUUGAUUGUUUUUGUAUAAAUAGAUUUUUUAUUGUUUUACUGGUUUAA